AUGCUUAUCAGUGCAAGUCGAGACGCCAUCGAGAGCGAGUCUUCACACUUUAAUGGGCGCGUCGAGACAUUUGGGGCGAGCUCCGAACGGCAUCUUACAGGUGGAGAAGUUAAGACUGUACAUGUAGAUUUCGUGCAUAAAGAGAAUGGCCGGCCCAGCGAAGAGGAGGAUGUAGAGAUGGCCGGCACCGAAGAUGAAGCACAAGAAUUCAGCACUGUGACACCAAUAUACCCACAGGAGGGGUAUAACGACGACACUUCCGACGUUGAAGACGACGAUCCGAAAGAGCCGGCAGACGGGGAAGAUGAGGAAGACCAUGAGCCCCCCAGGUUGGCCAAUUUGCGUGCCAAGCAUCUUGCUCCAGCGUCACUCUUUGCUCUACCGUCACAAUAUCAGCAGUAUGAUCAGGACAAAAUCAUCCGUGCCUACUUCGAUGGUGUCAACCCAGCCACGCCACUAUUCAGUGAACAAGACUAUGAAUACUUCGACAUGAUCUGCAGAGAACGGCCUACUGUGUCACAUGAGUGGUGCGCCGUCUUUGUCAUGCUGGCAUUGUCUCUGAGAAACGAUCCCAAGAACUUCUAUCAAGGAGAUGACGAGAACUUCAUGCGCAAAGCGUGCAAAUAUGUGGAUGGUAUGCUUAAAUAUCGACUGUCAGACGAAAUAGGACUCCAGAUCCUGCUGGGGGCGGCCUUGUAUUUCAUGACAACGCCGAGGCUAGAGCAAGCCGCACUUCUGCAUGCCAAAGCUGUGAAAUUGGUCUAUGACCUGGGGUUGCAUAAACACUCCGGGGACUUUGCUCUUUUGUAUCCUGUGCGGCUUCUCUGGAUAGCGUACAUCAUUGACCGAGAUAUGUCACUCCUCAGAGGCGAGCCAUACCUGAUGCAAGAGCAUGAUAUUGCUUCUACUGUCGAUGAAAUCUCUUACAGGCACGGAGGCAUUCUAACCGACAUAAAUAAGUCCUCGCACUUUGAGAUUCUCAAGUACCGCGCUAGACUAGCGACUAUCCAAGGCAAGAUAGUCGAUCUGGUAUACUCAGUUCGGGCUUCGAAACUCUCUUUCGAUCAGCGAGAGACGGUGGCGGAUCGUUUGGACGAGAUGCUGGAAGAAUGGGUUGAGUCGAUCCCCGAGCCGUACAGGGGAGAUACACUCUCCAGGUUCGGCCACAUGCACCAGAGAUUCUUCAAACAGCUACGGGUGACGUAUUGUCACUGCAUCUUCUCUAUUCGGCAAGCAACGUUGCGUAAUAAAGAGUGGGUACGUCGGUUAUUGAGGUUUGGCGAAGCUCGCAAAGGAGAUGAUACAGAUACCCCAUUGCUACCAUCGAAUUGGUCAGGGUUGGUCACAGCUGCACGGAAGUGCUUGUAUAUAGUAAACAAAGUGGACAGCCGCGAUAUGGCAUUCCGUUGGAGCUGUAGCCAUGCGACGCAAGCGGCCAUGACGAUACUGGCUGCGAACAACAUAACCCUUUCAGAGCAUGACCUUCAUGAUUCGAUCGAUAAAGAUCAACAGAGACUUCAUAUUGCACAUGGUGAAGUAAGCGAUCGGUUGGACGAAGAUCCCACAAGGUCGACCGAGAAAUUGUUUAACACUUGCGGUGAGCUUAUCAUCAAGGCCCGGGAGUCGGUGCGACAAUUUAAUGAGAACAAAAGUAUGGAGGAGUCAUGA